AUGGAUUUGCUUACGGUAAUUAUUUUCCAUGGUACAGUUCCAUUUAGCGUCGCAUACAUCACUUAUUGUCCUUGUAUGGGUCGACUAGGAAAUCAGAUAGAACAAUUCUUGGGUAUGAUUCCCUUUGCUAUUAAAAUGAAUCGUACACUUGUUUUACCUCCAUGGAAUAUUAUGUCAUCAUGGAAGGCAGAAUUUGUACCUUUCAAAACUCUAUUCAAUAUAACUACACUUUCAACAAUUCAUCGCUUUAUUACACAAGAAGAUUUUAUGACCAAGAAAGCUGCUUUACUAUGGCCACCAACUAAACGUAAAGGUCAGGUCCUUUAG